AUGGCAAAGCAAAUUGCUCAUGCUGUCAUGCAUUGCUUCCUCCUCCUCCUUCUGACAGGCGUAGCCGUGGCAACAGCUCGUGGCAUUGCACAAGGCCCCGAAGCAGUUGAUGAGUGGUUCAGUAAGCUGGGCGGGGCAAAAAAGAAGGUGACAAAGCUCCAUUUCUAUAUCCAUGACUCGGUUAGUGGGAGAAACCCAACGGCGGUCACCGUGGCCCGAGCCAACACGACUUCGACAUCCCCCACACUGUUCGGACUAGUUAACGUAGCUGAUGACCCCCUCACAGUUGGUCCUGAGCCGAAUUCGACGAUAGUGGGUCGAGCCCAAGGCAUUUAUUCCUGCGCUGACCUGAGCGAAAUAGGACUAAUCAUGUACAUGAAUUUCUGCUUCACAGCGGGAGAGUACAAAGGAAGCACUCUGAACAUGCUCGGAAGAGACGUUGAAUUGUAUAACGUCGACGAAUUCUCCAUCGUUGGCGGCACCGGGGUUUUCCGAUUGGCGCGCGGACUUGUGAUGGGUGUCAAACCACCAAAAAUAAAAUUUAUAUUAGACUUACUACCAAAACUGAAUGAAUAUAGUGGUGAGUAA